AUGGCCGCGAAGUCGGAUGGAGCCGGGGCGGCCUCGGCCGUGCGCAUGGAGGGCGCGGAGAGCGGCGGCGGGGGCACCCUGCCGGGCGGGUCCCACCGAGGCGGCGGCGGCGGCGGGGGCGCGGGGCCCGGGCCGGGCAGCCCCUUGGCGGCCGCCCCGCCGGCGCCCCGCGCCUACAGCCUGCUGGACUGCUGCUGGGUGCUGUGCGCCCUGCUCGUCUUCUUCUCGGACGGGGCCAGCGACCUGUGGCUGGCGGCCGAUUACUACCUGCGGCGCCAGCUCUGGUGGUUCGGCCUCACGCUGCUCUUCGUGCUGCUGCCCUCGCUCGUGGUGCAGCUGCUCAGCUUCAGGUGGUUCGUCUACGACUACGCGGCGCCCCGAGCCCCCGGGCCGGCCGCGGCCCCGGCCCCGGCCCCCGCCGCCAGCACCAAGGACAGCGGCUGCACCAAGGACAGCGGCCGGCCCGGCUCCGCGCUCCUCUCGCCUCCCCCCGCCCCGGCCCCCAGCGCCUACCGGACCCGGGGCUGCUGCCGCCUCUGCAUCUGGAUCCUGCAGUCCCUCAUCCACCUCCUGCAGCUGGGACAGGUCUGGAGGUACCUCCGGACCCUGUACCUCGGCCUCCAGAGCCGCUGGCAGUCAGAGCACAGGCAGCGCCACUUCUACUGGAGGAUGAUGUUUGAGAGCGCUGACAUCAGCAUGCUGCGGCUGCUGGAGACCUUCCUGAAGAGCGCCCCCCAGCUGGUGCUGCAGCUGAGCAUCAUGGUGCAGCAGAACAACAUCGAGCCUCUGCAGGGUCUCUCGGCCUCGGCCUCCCUGGUGUCCCUGGCGUGGAUGAUCGCCUCCUACCAGAAGGUGCUGCGGGACUCGCGGGAGGACAAGAUGCCCAUGUCCUACAAGGGGGCAGUGGUGCAGAUCCUCUGGCAUCUGUUCACCAUCGCUGCCCGCGCCAUUGCCUUCGCCCUCUUUGCCUCCGUGUUCCAGCUCUACUUUGGCAUCUUCAUCGUCACACAUUGGUGCAUCAUGACCUUCUGGAUCAUCCAAGGGGAGACGGACUUCUGCAUGUCCAAGUGGGAGGAGAUCAUCUACAACAUGGUGGUGGGCAUUAUCUACAUCUUCUGCUGGUUCAACGUGAAGGAGGGCCGGAGCCGCUGCCGCAUGGCCAUCUACUACACCAUCACGCUGGCGGAGAACGCGGCCCUCACCGGGCUCUGGUACAUGUACUACGACCGCCAGGCCACCUCAGACUUCGACGCCUUAAUCAUCGUCUGUGUGGUCUCCUCCAGCUUCGCCCUGGGCAUCUUUUUCAUGUUCAUCUACUACUGCCUCUUGCACCCCAACGGGCCAGUGUUCGGCCCCCAGACCACAGGCUGCAUUUUCAAAAAGGCGCCGGCCGCCUGCGUGGGGCCCCCAGAGGACGUUAUCACCAGCCCCCCGCGCUCCCUGCCCCGGACUACAGGGGGGGAGAGGGAAGGGGUGCCAGGGGACAGGGACAGCUGCGUGCCUGUUUUUCAGGUCAGGCCAAGCGUCCCCCCGACCCCUGUUGCCCGUGCCCCCCGGACAGAAGGGCCCGUCAUCCGAAUAGAUCUGCCCAGGAAGAAGUACCCGGCCUGGGAUGCCCAUUUUAUUGACAGGCGGCUCCGUAAGACGAUCCUAGCUCUGGAGUAUUCGUCUCCGGCUACCCCACGCCUGCAGUACCGCAGCAUGGGGGCCUCGCAGGAGGUGCUGGAAUAUGAGACCACGGUGUAG